CAACACUACUAUAUAACAAAUAAUUUGAGGACCCAUGGGAAGGCAAGACUCCUCUAAGGGGAUGCAAGCUCACAAACCACCAAGGAAAAGUCAAGCUCCAAUGGACAUGUAUCGUAAACAACUGGGUAAAAAGGAGUUCACCGGCAAAAGCAAGAAAGAUUCUCAAGUGAGCAAGAACAAAGCCGAUGCUAAGAAGAGUGCAUUAGGAAUAAAGGAUGUUAUUCUAAUACUGACGUGCGGGGUCGCCUUGUUAGCUAUUGUCUACAUGCUACUUUACUUCUCCAUCCAGUACUCUACUGACGAUAACUAGAAACUUACGAAUACUUGGAAAUAACCCGACUAAAGAGACGAUAACAGCUUCAAAUUUUAUGGGAUUAAAUAUGUGUUAUGAUGUAUUUUUUAGGGUUAGAACAGAUUUUGUGAACAUUUUUUUGAGUUAAUAAACGUUUGUAGUUAUCUUAUUAUUUAAUUUUAAUGUAUGAUAAAUUUGUAACAUUGCCCAUGCUUGAAUUUUUACAAAGCAUGUUUAAGAUUUAAAUUUGACAGAAUUGCAUGACUUCAUUGAAAAGUUCAGGAUGAGGUUUUUCAUAAAUUGUAGCAGUUGCUCACACACCACAGACAGUUUGCUAAUCUAAUAUAGUGUCUUGAGAACUGGUAGUUUGUGUAUUCUAACUGGUAUAGAAUCUGAGUGUAAAUUCCAAAUGGUUUAAAAGGCUAGUAUAAGCUGUAAUCUAAGAUAAUAUUGAUGAAAGUUACAUUUUCAGUAAUUCGUGAUUCAAAAUUAUUAGGCAUGUGUCAGUUUUCGAAGAUUGCACGUAUUCAAAUUGUAAAUAUAGUAAUAAAACAUUUCAAUUUCGAUAAAGAAAAUCAACCUCUGAAACAAACAA